AUACUUAUGGAAAAAUUGCCAACAAAAUCAAGUGUCUUAAAAUAUUAGUCAUCAUACUUCAUUUAAUUAGGGAUUAGAGAGGUACAAUGUCUUUGAAUAUCUAUGUUUUAAACCAUUAUUCUAAAAUUAAUUUAAAUUGCCAAUCAAUAAAUGAAUCCAUUGAAUUAACCCUACAGGUGCUACCCAUCUGUUUGCACUUUAAGACACAAGCUAAUCUUUUAACUUUAAACACUUAGUGUCAACUACCAAUCAUGUUAUAUGGUAUUACGAUAUUAAAUUCAUGAUUUUAUUAGGCUAAUAAAUUGAAAUAAUAUUAAUCCCUCACUCUCUCCCAAACCCGGCGGAUUAACUUUAGAUGUGACACUAAACGAAAUAUUUGAAGUCUGUCCUUGGAUGCCGGCGGCUUCAGAUCGCUUAUCAGACAUCAUCACACGCAUUCGUAAAGUCUAAAAUAUGUGUUUCCGAUAUCACCUAUUUAUUAGAGACAACUUUCUUGAGGGAAAAGCUGGGCGCCGCUCUGCUCCUGAUUUUAUCUCGAGUUGAUCGCUCGAUUGCACACACAUUAGGCACUCCACUUCAUGGAUUCGCGUAGCAGUUUCUCAUGACAAUCUCUGGGUCUGACCAAGACGAUCGUGCGUUUCGGUAUUGCGUAAGACGACCAGUUUGUAACAAGCUGGGAGCUCUCCUUAGCUUUUAAACAAAAUUAAGGUCUUUUUGAGGACUCACUUACCGGGACAGCUGGUGACCUUCGCACAUGAUCUACCAAAGACUGAGAUAUUCAAAAGAAAAGCCAAUUAUCCCUACUUAAGGUGUAGGGGUAGAAGCCACCCACUGGAAAUGUCUCAUGCUCCACGAUCAUUAGUUCGCCUCAAUUUCCUCAUUAGUCGCACUCAAUUAUGUGUCGCUUAGACUGCUCUGUGUCCACUGGAGGAUGAGGAAUCGACUGAUCGGGGGCUUCGGGCUGGAGGAUCGGCAACUGCUUUCCCAAAACAGAAGUGGCUGGAGAAAACCCGUUGAUCGUUUUGGACGUAAUGGGAAAGCGAUUAUGCAGCUUUAAUUCAAUCGGCGCUGCUAGUUUUGUGCUUUGAGCUAAUGCGAUUGGCUUGCUGUCGGUUUGUUUGUGUCUCGGUGUCAAAGACAUUAGAUAUCCAGAGCCGGGGAGCUACAGGAAACCCAAACCGAAACUCCUUCCGCCUGGCUAUAUAAAAAGCAUUGUUGGCAUCUCGGACCGGCAGUAGGAAAAUCGUAUUGACCGCGUUACCGUCUCCGCCGCUGCCGGUCGUCAUCAAUCCUCAUCGCAAUUAUCGCAUUCAUCACGUCAUCGUAGUAUCGGCAUCGUUAAACGAUCGGAUCAAUUGAUUGAUCGAUCGCAUGUGCGACGGAUUAAAGCAAUGAGAAAUUCGACUAUACCUCGCUUUCAAAUAAUGGCCGCUUUAGGCCUCCUUCUUUUGGUCGGUGUACAUGGGACCACGAUAAUCAGCAUCAAGUACCCGGAGAAGCCCGCUGAAGUAAUCGUGCCGCAGCCGGCCAAGAGGGAUCUCAGCCUGAGCUACGCUGCCACCAACAUCGACUCCAAGGAGGGAACUCGCGUGAAGACCAUUACGGUGAUCAAGAAUGUAGGAGGCAUUUCUGCACCCGAAGAAGCUGCGGCUUUGGGGUCUCCCGUCGUCGGCGGCCACAAGCAGCAACCGAAACUGGCCAUCGAUCCAACUCUGCACAAGAGCGAGGAAUGGGCGACUGCAUUCCGGGAUAACUUUGACUCCUACGGAUCACUGCCCGAUGUGCCCGACAUAGACGACCUAUUUGAGUUUGUAAAUCGAAAAAAGCAAGAGGGUGAGAAGAAACCAGAGGCCGUGCCCAACCAGGGGGAGAAAAUUCCAAAGGAGGUAGUAAAGCCGGCGGAAGAGACUACCACCAAGAAGGCGGCUGCCAGUGAGCAGAGCGAAGAAGGGAUUAGCCCCAACGGCAACAUCGAUAGCGACGAGGCUGUCGUCGAGAAGAUCAAGGGCGAUGCCGAACUGUUGCCGCACAUCAAGCAGGCCAAUAUCUUGCGCCUCCAGGCGGCUCAGGCCCGAUCGGGAAUUCGCACCAAGGAGUCCCUAAUCGCGGUCAAUUACUCCACGCCUAUGCACCAGGUGAGCCAGUACUUCGACAACUAUGUCCAGGCGGUGCCCAAUGGCUAUGACUACUCCAAACCCUGCGGCGUACCGCCUGGAAAUAGUAUCCAGGUGACCACGCCCUCGGGCCGUACAUAUGAUAUACCCCAGAGCAACAGCAGUGGCACUGGCGGAGGCAAUCACCCGUACUUGGCUCCGGCGCUCACGAAGAAGACGCAGAUUCCGCCGAAUACGGUGCAGCCUCCGGUUCAACAGCAGCCUCCUAAUUACACUUCCGUCAACUCGAUAGUGCCUCCCAUACAACAACAACAACCGCAGGGCAACACGAAUAUUCCACAGCAACCUCAGGUGAUAACUCCUCCUCCUCCAAGCGGAGGUAUCCUGCCGCCUCUGGGAUCGAGCGGGAUAUCCACCAGCCAGCGUCCCUACGUGGCGCCCAGACUGCGAAACAACGGUCUGGGCAUUAAUCGAUCGCCCAGCAGCGCUCCGGGAGGUCCCGUUCCGAUUCCCGGACAGUCCGGCGUCGUGGGAAAUCAACCGCAAAUCCCGAACUACCGUACCGGCAACUUUGCCGGAGGCCAAAACCGUCCCAACACGCUGCGAUCGCGUGGUCUAAAGUAUUGAGAACACUAAUAGGUGUCAAAGUUAUAGUUCUUAGAAGAUUAAAUCAAAAUGUGGCAGUUUAAAGUAACAGAAUUCAAAAUCUUAAAUUUAAAUCAUAUAUGCAUAUAGGACAUCAUCAUCUUGGUCAUACCAUUUAUAGUUGUAAGAAUAUAUUUUAAAAUUGAACACAAUUUGAUUCGUCUUAUAAUAUUAUAUUUUAAAAUUGAACAAAAUUUGAUUCGUCUUAUAAUACUAUACUUAUAUUUGACAGUGAUACGUUAUUCUCGAUCAAACAGUAAUUAAGAUUAUUUAAUGGUAAACGUUAUGAAAAUAAAUUAAGAUGUUGCUAAGGCAAAAAGUGUUUGUUUCCCUAAGUGACGUUAUGGCUUCCAUGGCUUCCCAUGUUGUUUACAUGUUUUUUGUUUCGUUAUUUAGCAAGGUUACAAAAUCUAAAUCUAGCUUUAUAAAGUAAAAAAAUCCUAGGUAGACAUAUGCCCUUUCUUCUUUUUCUAUUAUCCAAAUUAGUCCUUCCGCUGCAUCCUAAAAAUAUUUUUCCAGCCAGCUUUAUAGGGUACAUACAUAAAUUCUAGGUAGAUAGAUCCCCUUUCUUCUUUUUCUAUUAUCAAAAUUAGUCCUUCAGCUGCAGCCUGCAAAUAUUUUUCAUUGAAGUCUUGUUCUAUAGAUACACUUUUAUAAUGCUGCCAUGUAACACUAUUAUUUUGCACGCCGCUGUUCACCUAGGUAACACUGCCGAAAUUUGGUCUGAUUUAUGGUCUAGUUCACAUUAAUCUACUACAUUUUCCCCUCUAAUCUUAAAAAGGAAUAUGGAACGAGUCUGCUUGUGCAAUACUUAACUGUACUUCGGACUACAAAUAUGAAAAUUAAAAAACCACAUCGAAUUCAGCGAAGCAGAGCAGAAAGAGGAAUCUGCUAAGUACCAGCCACAAAUCAAUACUAUUUCACACACUUCUUACUAAAUGUUUCAACUAAAUUUCACUGUUUUUCCUCUUUUUCUCCCAUGCUGUGUUGUUGUUUUGCUACUUCGCAGUUUUUGUUGUGCAGCAUCUCCACAAGAAGAAGCGAAACGUACGAAGAGGAGAAGCGGAAGGGUGUUGCGUCGCAGUUCUAGGUACGAGUACUUGAUUUUUUUUAUUCAAUGAACUUUUACUCACCAC